CUUAGGAAGUUUGGCCCUCCUGAGCCGCCGUCCGGGAGCGCGGCUCGCGCCUGGCACGUGGGUGGGGCUGCACAGGAAGGGCGGGCGGAAGAGGGAGAGACCGAGACCCCCCCCGUCACCCCCCCCCCCGGGACAGCGCAGCCGAGCAGCAUGGAGGGGACGUUGGAGCAGCACCUGGAGGACACAAUGAAGAAUCCCUCAAUCGUUGGAGUCCUGUGCACAGAUUCACAGGGCCUGAACCUUGGCUGUCGUGGAACCCUUUCAGAUGAACAUGCAGGUGUGAUCUCGGUUCUAGCCCAGCAGGCAGCCAAACUAACUUCAGAUCCUACUGAUGUUCCUGUUGUGUGUCUGGAGUCAGAUAAUGGGAACAUCAUGAUCCAGAAGCAUGACAGCAUCACUGUGGCUGUACACAAAAUGGCAUCUUGACCUUUCAUCUAUCAGCUUGAUUCUUUUCCACCCUUGGACCAACUCCUUGUUGUUGGACUGAUCUAUUUCCUCUGCUGAUCUAAUACAGAAAGUGCUUGCAGAACUAAAUUUGAGCCAAUCUUAAAUAUGUGGUAGCUUCCCUCCUUAUUUAAACUGGUACUGUACUUCAGUCAGGGUUCCAGCACAGCCCAGAACUUACUGUCAAGCAUGGAAUGUGGUUUAACUCACCUUGCUUGUGUAAUGAUCAGAUACCCUAAUCUGUGGCCUUACUUGUUGAAUUCAAUAAAUUAUAAAACACACAGCUGACUCUGUAAACUUCAGUUGAAUGCUGGUUUGUCUGAAGCUCAGUGACUAACUAUAGAGAGACUUUUUUUUUUUUUUUUAAAAACAGAUUCAUCAUCCUCCCCCUCCAACUAAGGUGGUCAUCUUACAAUAAAGACCCCUUGGACUUCCCAAUGUCUCAAAAACAUCAGGCAAGCUCUGAUUUUUUUUUCUAAGGUAAACAAGCAGAAAAAAGUUUACUCAUGCAGCUUGCAUGUAUACAUCAAAGAAAGAGCCAAGCUCCAUUAAGAUUCUUUGUAGACACCUUUAAUCCCAUUGACUAAAAAUACAUACAUUUUAUAAAGUUUCCUUGUCUCUUACAAAUGUCUUCGUUUUAAAACUGAAGUUUUAAAUUUAAACUUCACUACUUACGGGGUUUUGCUUCUUGGGUUACUGUUUUGACACUGGAAAUGGAUUUGCCAAGCUGUCUAUUUCACAUCAGGAGUCUCACACUUUAGCCUCUAAUGAUACUGUUAAAACUGCAAACGCUGCAGGGGAAACAUUGUUU